UCCACCUCGUGGAUUCUUCCCCGAGCAAAGACAAACGUUAUCCUCCCUCCCUCUCACGAAAAAGGUGGGCGCGGCGGCGGCGACGACGAUACCGACGCCGGCGGGGAGAGGGACAGCGCAACCGGAGGAGACGGUAGCGGCGUCCCUCCUCCCCCUAUUCAACCUGCGGCACAGCAUCCAACCACAGCGGCGUGAGCUCAGCGGCGACAAGGAGUGGCGACCGCAACGACCCCGUCGCCGGCGUGAUUCUCCCCCGACGCUGGACUGACGCCCAAUACAAAGAUUAUGGCAAGCCGGGUCAGAGAGCGACGGCUCAUCACCUCUCACCCAAGCCAAUCACAGAAUGACAAAUUCACAAUAUAUAACAUAUCAUUCUAUCUUGGUCUCCAGCGAGCUUCAGCUGCAUUGAUCAAUGGGAAUGGAGUAUGCUUCGUCCACGACGGCGUCUUCCAUGUUCCUGCCUUUCCUUGCGAUGUUUGGGGCCAUCUACCUCCUCGGCUACUUCGUGGUCUUCCGGCGCUGGAGCCCGCAGCAGCGGCCGGACGCGUCGAGCUGCCUCACCUCGCUCUUCCACGGCACGCCGGCGAUGCUGCUGGCGCUGCGCGCCGUGCUGUCCAGCCCGGGGGCCGGCGACCUCGCGGCGCCCAACGCGCCCGCUGACGACCUCGUCCUUGACUUCAGCACGGCCUACUUCGCCGUUGACCUCCUCCACUACCUCGUCUUCCUGCCCCAUGAGGUCCUCUUCGUGGCGCACCACCUCGCCACGCUCUACGUCUUCGCCACCUGCCGCGUGGCCGUGCAUCGUGGCGCCUACGGGCUGCUCGCGCUGGAGGUGCUCGCCGAGGCCACCAGCCUCGCGCAGAACCUGUGGACGCUGGCCGACAUGCGACGCGCAGACUCGCCGCUGGCCGCGAGGGCGCACGCUGCGCUGUCGCUCCCGUUCUACGUGGCUUACACGGCCAUGAGGGCGGUCCUCGGGCCGGUCUGGUUCGUGAGGAUGGUGAAAUUCUACGCCGCCGGGGCCGGCGAUGGUGCUGUGCCGACGUGGGCGUGGGCGUCGUGGAGCGUGGUGAUUGGGUCCGCGAUACUGGUGAGCGUGCUGUGGGUGGGCAACCUGUGGUUCGCCUACUUCAGACAUAGGAUGGGGAGCAGCAAGAAGGAGCAAUGAUGGGCUCCUUAAUUUUAAUAAUUUUCUCAUAGGGUGUUUGGUUUGCUGAAAUGUUAAAAAAAUGAUGUCAGAUUUUUAAAGAUUUUCUCGUCCGAAUUUUCAUGUGAGAACAGAUAAAUGUGCCAUGCUGUUGUAGGAGAUUUUCCAUCCACUAAAGCGAAAAUUGUCAUGUUGUAAAAGAAAUGACAGAAAUUUGCCAAGCUGCGCAGAGUACUCUGGUGCGUUGGAUCAGGAUCUGACGGUCCCAAGAGCGUUUGCUCGGAUUGCUAAAAAAUCCGAUGUUCGCCGGUUAUUGCCGCCCUUGAUUUGGGGAUUUGUAACCUUAAUUCUAGUACAAUUUGAUUUAGCAGAUCUCAGGUAACAGGAAUUAGAUCA